GCAAGCAUGGCCCCACAGCUGCCAGCAUCCGCGCUCGCAGCGAUAUCUGGCUACAUUGAUCGGGAAGAGCCAGCUGAGCCACCAGCCCCAGCAAGGCCCGCGGCAGCCGCGGCCGCCGCUGCGCCUCCACAGCUGCCGGCAAGUGCUCUCGCAGCGAUUUCGGGAUACAUCGACCGCGAGGAGCCGGCUGCACCACCGCUGCCGCCGCCCGCACCGGCUGCGCCGCCACCGGCGCGCGACCGCGAGGAACAAACACUCAGAGAAAUCGAGCCGCUCGACGCCUCCGCCGUCUUCGCGCUGCUGCACCCGGACGGGCCCGGCUACGCGGUCGUCGACGGCGUGUUGGGACAAGAAACGGCGCGGAGGGCGGCCCGCGCGGCGGCCGCCGCACGAACACAAUUGAAGCGCGCGCGCGUCGGCCGCGGCGACGCGCGGCGCCUCUCCGACGAGCGCACGGACGAGGCCGCGUUUUUGGAUGAGAGGAGCCAGCACCCCGAUUUGCAAGUGCUCUGUCACGCGCUGCGGAAACUGCGGUCCUCGCUUUGUGUAGGAGGCGCCUGGGACGACAAGGCCGCCGAGUUACGUUUGGAUGCAACAACAACCUCGACGCAGCUCGCCUGUUAUCAGCCGGGCGGGCGCUACCGGCGCCACGCGGACGCGUUGUCCGAUGACGACGCGCGGCAGCGCGACGCGCUGCGCGGCAAGCCUCUGUUAACGCGCAAUCGCCGGAUCACGGCGGUCUAUUACUUAAAUGAAAACUGGAAUCGUGAAGAUGGCGGCGCGCUCCGCAUCUAUGCCGAUACAUGGACGCCCGACGCCCAACCUUUUGAUGUUUUACCUCGAUUGGACCGCCUCGUUUUGUUUAGGAGCACUCUACAACAUGAGGUCCUCGUGACGCGCAGGGAGCGCCUCGCGCUGACGCAGUGGUGGUACGGCCGCAUCGACGAUGAUAACGAGCGCGUGCCGUGGCGGCUGCCGGCGCCGGGUAGAGCCCUCUCUGGUUUAUCGACCGAGGGGCGAAUUUUUGUUUCCGUGGCCGCGUACCGAGAUCCGGAGACGGAGCGGACGCUGCAGCACUUGUUCGCCACCGCGAAGAACCCGAAGCGCGUCCGUGUGGUGGUCGUGCAGCAGUACGACUGUCUGGAGGGGAGCGAUGAUGAUCUGGUAGGAAGGCUAUAUAACCACGAGGCGGAGGCGCGCGUGACGCGGAUACGCGUCGAUUUUCGCGACGCGAACGGCCCGUGUCCCGCAAGGGCGUGCGCGCUGCGUCGCUUGACUGAUGAAGACGACUUCGUCCUCCAGAUCGACAGCCACACGCGCUUCCGCAGCCACUGGGACGCGUAUCUGAUCGAUCAAUUAGCCAAGUGUGAUAGUAAGGAGCCCGUGCUGACCGCCUACCCCGCGGACUACGACAAGGAUUCAGCUGCCCUACCUUCCGACGUGCGGCCAACUCUGUUAGUCCCCUCGGGCUUCGACAAGGACGGCGUGCUGCGGAUCAAGGGCCGGCGGCUCGCGCGGGUUCACGAGGAACCGAUCCCGUCGCCGCUCUGGUGCGCCGGGUUCUCCUUCUGUCGAGCUAAAGUGUGGCGCCGCGUCACAUACGAGCCGCUUCCCCAUUUAUUUUUUGGCGAGGAGCUACUGCACGCCGCUCGAUUGUUUUGUAGUGGCUGCGACUUCUUCGCGCCGCCCGAGCAGGUGAUCUUCCACCGCUGGUCGCGGAGCGGACGGCGGACGCUCGCCGAGGACCAGCCUCGUCGAAACGCGGCGGCCGCGCGCGGCCGCGCCUUCGAGCUGCUCGAAACAAUUGAAGGGCCGCGGUCGCUCGCCGCGUUCGAAGCAAGGGCGGGCGUUGAUUUGAAAAAGCGCGUCUUAUUGCCCGGCGCCGACCGGGGCGGCCUGUCCCCUGAAGCGUUCGCCGACGGCGCGUCGUCCUCCGCGGGCGCGCAGGUCGCGGCGCUGCUGGGGCUGAAGCUUUGA